AUGGCUAUGUUUUCCCCAGGUGACCUGUUCAGAUCCUACUAUGGCAACAGCCAAGAGCCUUGGAUUCCAUGCCAGCUGUAGCACGGCAUGUGCAGAAACACCUGCAGAAAAAAUGAAAUUCAAUACUUAACCUGCCCAAGUGAUCAAAAGUGCUGCCUGAAACUGUCUGUGAAAAUAGCCCGUUCUAGCAAUGUGAAGGAUUAUGACUCUGACUCCAACCUGUCAAUUACAAACAUUUCAAGCUACUCUAAAAUUUGAAGAUCACCAACCAUACCACCUCCCCCGGGAGUAAUUCUUCCCUCAUUCUGGAACACCCUCUCCAUAAAAACGCAUUCCUUCUCA